AUGGGGGUUAAAUCGAUGCUCCCCAGCUAUGAACUGGGGUUUUAUGCUCUCGUGGUUUCAUGUGCUGUGGUGUACAGUGGCAGUGGGAUCUUCGAAGCAUCCAGAGACAGCAUGAACAGAAAGGCCUUUCGGGAUGGCAUAAAGCCAGGCUGGCACUACUUUGGCAGGAAGAUGGACGUGGCUGAUUUUGAGUGGGUGAUGUGGUUCACCUCAUUCAGGAAUGUCAUCAUCUUUGCCCUCUCGGGACAUGUCCUCUUUGGCAAGAUCUGCUCCAUGACAGUGCCACAGCACCGGGCUGUGAUGUACAUGCUGUAUGGGAUCUCAGCCGUGCUGGGCAGCAUGGGACUUGUCUACUUGAUGAUCAUCCUCUCCCACUGCCUUGUCCUCUACUCCGUUGCAUUGGCCAAGCAGAAAUGGCUUUGCUAUGUGGCUGGGCUCUGCUGUCUCGCCUCCUUCAAGCUGGAGCCAUUCGGUUCAUGGCAGAGCGGGUUUGUAACGGGAGCUUUUGAUCUUCAAGAUGUCCUCUUCUACGGAGGAAGCACCUUCACCAUCAUGCGCUGUAUGAGCUUUGCACUCGAGAGCUCUGAGAAGAAAGAGGGCAUCUACUCUAUCUUUGACCUCCUCAAGUACAACUUCUAUCUCCCAUUCUUCUUCUUUGGGCCUGUCAUGACAUUUGACCAGUUCCACGCCCAGGUGAGCACCCGAGAGCUAAGACGCAAAGACGAUGAGAUGAAGAACAUUCGGGUCAAUGCUCUCCUCCACGUGGGGGCCAUCAUCACUGUGGACAUCUUCUUCCACUUCUUCUACAUCCUCACCCUCCCUUCCGACCUGAAGUUUGUGAACCGCCUCUCGGAUUGGUCCCUGGCUGGUCUGGCCUACUCCAAUUUGGUGUACGACUGGGUGAAAGCUGCUGUCAUGUUUGGGGUCAUCAACACCAUCGCCAGACUGGACCAUUUGGAGCCACCUCAGCCCCCAAAAUGCAUCACCCUGCUCUACAUAUUUGCAGAAACGCAUUUUGACAGAGGCAUUAAUGACUGGCUGUGCAAGUAUGUGUAUGAUCACCUUGGAGAGAACCAUGAUAACAUCAUCAAGGAGCUCGUGGCUAGCAUCACCACCUUUGCUGUCACCACCCUGUGGCUGGGGCCCUCUGAGAUUGUCUACAUCUGGUCUGUCGUCAACUGCUUCGGCCUCAACUUUGAGCUCUGGGUGCAGAAGUUCUUCCAGCUCGGGCUCUUUGCCAAACUGGAGGCCAAAAUGUCUGGGGCCAUGUCUCGGCGGAUUAGGGCAGCUUUUGGGGCAGUGAAUUUCUGGGCCAUUGUCCUCUACAACAUCCUUGCACUCAACAGCCUGGAGUUUGCAGUGCUAGUGACCAAGAGGCUCCUCGUGACAGGUUUCCCUGUCAGCACCCUGUCCAUCUGGUUCAUCACGUACUGCGGAGUGCAGCUGAUCAAAGAGCGUGAACGCAUCCUGGCCAUCGAGGAGGAGGAGAGGAGUGACAAGGCAAAGGUGGAGUAGGGGAGACAUCAACAGGCUUGUCCCAAAGCCUUGUCUCCCUUCCAGCCACCACUGCCAGGCCAGCCACUGGCCAGGGCUCUCCAAGCCCUCUUGACAAUCAGACUGCUGUAGCUCACCCAUGUAGAAGUCACCUGGAAGGCACAGGUCACCCCUUUGCUGCAGGAAAGAUUUUCUAUCAGACACAGUGGGCA